UUUAAAAAUAGAAUUUGUUUGCGAAUCUAGUUUUGAUGAGAAUGGCAGCAGAAAGGAGUACACUUGAUAAAAUCUAGUUUUGAUGAAAUUGGCAGCAAAAGUGAGUACUACUAAUCCACUUAUUAAUAUGUUUUUAAUUGCCAAUUUGUAGGAACUAGGACCUUGUCAAAUGUAAAUAAAGAGGUUGUUGAUACAUUCUGGCUCGCGUUAAUGCUCGUCUUGAUGUUAAAGGGAUAGGUGGUUCCCAGGGAGGUCUCAAUACCUCCGGAUCAAAAAAGUCUUCAUCAUCCUAGAAAAAGUCUUCAGAUUUUAGCAUCUAUAAAUCGUUCUUUUAUGGAAUUCUUGAAAGAAAGAACUCUAUGAUUGCUUAGUGGGAUCUCUUCCUUAACCAGAUUCUAUUGUAUUCGAUUCUGAUUGACCUAUAAAACCACGGACAAGGGAAGAAGAGGAAGGAGCGAUGGCCUCAGAUAGAGAUGCUUUCAGCGUUUCUGGCCCCUUCCAUCUUACCUCUGUUGAUUGGAACGAUUCUUACCAUCGAACUUCAGUGGCAUCAUGUUUGGUAAAUGGAGUGUACUUAUUAGAAGGGGACAGGCUUAAGAAAAGGGUAGGUCGUCCCGAUUCACGAGCCCCGGCUUGGUGGGAAUUUUUCCACUUCACUUUACUCGAAACCUUGAUCGACAACGACGGCUCAAUAUAUGGCGCCGUUUUCGAAUACAACAACUACAACCUUUACAAAAACACCCCUAAUUUGAAAUUACCUCCACAUUAUGUGAUUGCCUUCCGCGGCACGGUUCUAAAAGGAGAAACUUGGAUGCCUGAUGUGAAACUUGACAUCCGAUGCAUCUUUAAUAACCUCCAUGGAGGCGGCCGGACUAUCCACGCCAUACAAGCUAUCAGCGCUAUGAUUGACAAACACAGCGAAUCAGCUAUAUGGCUUGCUGGACACUCUUUGGGAGCCGCCCUAGUGUUGAUGGCCGGGAAGACCAUGAACAUUUAUGGAUUCCUCCUCGAGAGUUACAUAUUCAACCCACCCAUCAUAACUGUUCCUCUGGAGCAGCUACCUGGCGGCGGUACACUUAAAGGUGUGUAUCGAAUCGCCGAGAGUCUCGUCAAAGCUACUGCAGCUAGUUUCGAGAUGGCCUUAACCAAUCAACGGGUUCAAGAAGAUUCUAAGACAGCAUCGUGGAUACCUUAUAUAUAUGUGAAUCCAGCAGAUCCAAUUUGUGCAGGAUACAUCGAUUACUUCAGACACAAAACCUUCAUGUCUAAGAUCGGAGCAAGUAAAAUCGAGAAAACCGGUUCUAGACAUUCAUUUAGAACUCAAUGGAAACGAGGAAUAGGAACAUCAUCACCACUGUCCGAUUUGUCAAUGGAACCUCUUCACCUUCUUCAAUCAGCAGAUAUGACUAUCAACAAAAACAAAUCGUGUUCGUCUAUGGUAGCUCAUGGGCUUCACCAAUGGUGGGAGCAAGACUCGGUCCUAAGGAAAAAUUGGAAAAGCUGCUUAAUUAGGCCCGACCCUGAAGGCAAAUCUUGAAAGGAUGCAUCAAAUGAUAUAUGCCUCUUAUAUAUAUGUUCUGCUGAUCUUUAGUUUGGAACACUUUAUUUACCCUUUUUCAUGGCACUAUGGUUCGUUUUCUUCUAUUUUGUGUUUGCCUGUCUUUUCCAUGUUUUGGAAUCACUAAUAAUAAAAACUGAUUGUAGUUGGAUUUCAAUUCUAUUAAAGCCUGUUUUGGUGAGAUAUCCGACUUUUAAUGGUGAUAUGUUUUG